UACUUAACAGGCGAAAGAACUGCUCCCUAUUUUCACCCAAACGGCUAUCCGCAUUAGUUACAUCCUAGCUUGUCCGUCCUCCUGAAUCGUGCUCGCUGUGUGCAUUUAUAUUAUAUCAAACCUCGGGGUGAAAACGGAGGAAAUGGAGGGUCAGGCUUCAGUCAACCAGUCUCCACCAAAAAAUGGGCCCCAGCAGAAUCAAAAGAGAAACGCAAGGAGAAAGCAGCAUCCGCAGCAUUCUGCUGAUAUAGUAUUCACAAAAGGGACAUCCAUCCAGACCAUGCCCUCUCUCAGCAAACAGUUGAAGGGUGUCACAGAGUGUAUCAUUGGUCUUCAGUACGUGUGGGAGUACCGCAGCCCAAGUAAAUCUGUCCCACCACACUACCAGUGUAAACUCUGUGCCGUCUCCCGCUUGCAGCAUGAUAUGCUUGCCCACGUGAAAGGCUGGAAACACAGCUUCAGAUACUUGAAAAAGGUCCACCCUGACAAGGUCACCUGUGAAGAGGAAGAGGCCACCAAAGAGCCUACUGUAAGGAAGACAAUUAAAGAAGUUGCAGCUGAGGUGGAGAAGACAGAGGGGAGGGGGCAACUCAAGGUGAUUCUGAAGGAGCCCUGCGAAGUACCGGCUUUCAAAGGACUCCGUUCUGCUGUUCCAAAAGUUAUGCCUCCACAAGCACCAGGGAUGGGACUAAAGGGACCCUCACCCUUUGGUCCCAGGUUCUCUGACCCGAGGUUUCAUGGACAGUUUCCUCCUCAGGGUGGUCCUCUCUCUGACUAUCCAGUGGGAGAGUAUGGGGAGUCCGAGUUUGGAGGCUACUCUGCCAGGGAAGAUUUCCUUGACUCUGGUAUGGAUCGAAGACCUUUCCUAGAUGGCAUCGGUCAUCGCCCAGCUGGAGAUGGUUUUGGACUGGGUGGUGGAAGAGAUAGCUACGGAAGGAGUGGACUACUGGAGAACCCCCCUCCCAGAAUGUAUCCCGACGAGUACCAGAGCAGCCAGAUGGGGAGUAGUUUAAUGGACCGACCAAUGGACAAGUCAACAGAGAGGCCAGGGUUGAUUGGAGCAGCUCCAGAAAGUAGCAGCCCUCCUAAUACGCUACUCACUUACCUGGACUCUUUCCGGAUAGAGAACGAGAGUGACGCACAGCUAGUCCUGAAGGUGACACAGAAACUAACAGAUGUGCUGAUGGAGUACAGGCUGAGGAGCGUAUCAACGGGAUCCAGUCUGAACAGCUUGUCAAUGAGCUCCACAAGCUUCUCCUCCACACCCUCCAGAUUGCCAAACAGCAGUGACCGAUACUCAAGUAGCUUCUCAGGUCCAUCCAGGUACUCUGAUGUUACACCCAGGUAUUACAAAUGACAGAAGAUGUGACCCCUCGAUCGUCUCAUCCCGUCAGUCACUAACUGUCCAGGAGUUAAAAACUUAGAAUUUGUGUAAAUGCUUUUAGGUUUAGGGUUGGGUUUUUUUGCUACCUAGUAGUUUUGUUUUUUUUAAGAUUUUGACUUCAGAAGAUUUAUAACUUGGAAAGUCUUACACAAAGUGACUUGUGCAUGUUUUCAGCAGCUUUAACAUGUAUGGCCAUUUGUUUCCCACGGUCCAGUUCUAUUAAAUCUAAUGGAUAAAAUGGAA